GGGUGUUCCCGAUGCUUCAGAUCUACCCCCUUUUAGAUGGAUCUCACUUUCUCCACAUCGGGAUUACAAUAAGGAGCUAUAUAACGACACUGGCCACCUCCACGACAACUCCUCUCCGCACCCCGACGCCUUCCUCUUCCUUCCACCCGCCUCCCUCAACCGCCUGCGACCCUCCCCUUUUGCAAGAGAGGAGAGCAGCCUCCCUGCACAAUGUCAGAAGUCAGGCCGCACUUUUACAAACAGGAGUUGAAUAAGACAAUCUGGGAAGUGCCGGAGAGAUACCAGAACCUCUCUCCCGUCGGAUCAGGGGCUUACGGCUCCGUUUGCUCUGCUUUUGAUACGCAAUCAAGUUAUCGCGUGGCAGUAAAAAAACUUUCCAGACCAUUUCAAUCUAUCAUCCAUGCAAAACGAACAUACAGAGAGCUACGGUUGUUGAAGCAUAUGAAACAUGAAAAUGUAAUUGGCCUAUUGGAUGUUUUCACACCAGCAACAACAUUGCAAGAUUUUACUGAUGUCUACUUGGUGACCAGCUUAAUGGGAGCAGAUCUAAACAACAUAGUUAAAUGUCAGAAGCUCACAGAUGAUCAUGUACAGUUCCUAAUUUAUCAGAUUCUUCGGGGCCUUAAGUAUAUCCAUUCAGCUGGGAUCAUACAUAGAGAUUUGAAACCCAGCAAUCUAGCAGUGAAUGAAGAUUGUGAACUAAAGAUUUUGGAUUUUGGAUUGGCUCGUCAUACUGAUGAUGAAAUGACUGGAUAUGUGGCCACCAGAUGGUACAGAGCUCCAGAGAUCAUGCUAAAUUGGAUGCAUUACAAUCAAACAGUUGAUAUUUGGUCUGUUGGGUGCAUUAUGGCAGAACUGCUGACAGGAAAGACUCUGUUUCCAGGCACAGACCAUAUUGAUCAGUUGAAGCUAAUAAUGCAGCUCGUCGGAACACCAGGGCCAGAACUUUUGAUGAAAAUAUCAUCUGAUUCUGCUAGAAACUAUAUACAAUCCUUACAGCACAUGCCAAAGCAGAGCUUUGAAGAUGUAUUCAUUGGAGCUAAUCCUCAAGCUGUUGACCUUUUGGAGAAAAUGCUUGUGCUGGACACAGAUAAGAGGAUCACAGCAGCAGAAGCAUUGGCUCAUUCGUAUUUCUCUCAGUAUCAUGACCCAGAUGAUGAACCUGAAGCAGACCCUUAUGAUCAGUCGUUUGAAAGCAGAGAUCUUGAAAUAGAAGAAUGGAAGAGAUUAACCUAUGAAGAAGUACUGAGCUUUGUGCCACCUGAGUUACAAGUAGAGUGUAUGGACUUGGCACCAUGAAAACUUUACUUCAGUCCUAUGAUCCUUUUAUAUUGCAUCACUGUGAGGACUUAACCAGUUCGACUGAUUUGUUCUUUCCAAUAUUAUCAAGUGCCUAUCAUGGUCUUGAUGACGGAUUGUUUGUGGGUGAGGGCAAAAUAGAACUUUUAUAACAAUUCUUCUACAGCCUGCAUGUUUUGCUAAAUCCUGGGCAAUUGCCAGCUUUUUGUAUAUUGCUGUUGUCGUCCACUGUGAACUUGGUUUGUUUGCUAACUAUAUCUCUUGCAAGCACUUGUAUUGGAACUGGUAAACUUUUUGUGUAUUUGUAUGCCUUAUUUUCAAAAUUGCAUACUAUUUUAAAUGUUUAAUUACAUGUACGGAAACCACCCAAACCUAAAAGAAACCUACAUGCAGUAAUUGUUACUUUUAUAAAAAGUACAAAUGGGAUGUACAUUAAUUUAUAGAUAUAUUUGCUGUUUACAGCAUAAAGGGGUGAUUGUUUUAUUGUGAUUUCAUUUUAAAAACCUACUUGACUGUUCAGCAAUACUACUACAACUAAGAGUGGCAUGUCUUCACUGUUUGUUAGAAUGGGAAUGUAAUAAUACAGAUUCAAGAUUUAGAUAAAUUUACUUAUUUGUAUUAAAAUGCUUCUCUUUUGUGUAAAGUUAAGUAGAAUUAUGAAAAAUAUUUUCCAUAUUAAUAACUACUCAAGUUGUUGGUUCUAUCUGUAGAAUUCUUUGUAAUUGGACCGUGACUUGCCAGGUGUGACGUUGUAGUAAAACCAUAAAACUAUUCUGAAAUAAAUUCAAAUGCUUUUUCAAAAAUAA